ACUUUAUCUCUAAAUAAAAGCAUGUACCUUGCUCUCCUACCUUGAGUGUUUGUGAAGCUCAUUCUUCCGCUUCGUGAGCAAGAAGAACCCCAGCAUCAGCGGGACAAAGCGCUGUGGUUUGUUAUUGUUUGCUACAACACUUAUGUUUGGCGUUCACAUUCAAAAACAAAUUUUAAAGCUUUAAACAUGGUAACAAGACUGUUAUACUGCUGUGGUACAAAGCAGGACAAAAGAACACAAGAAAGCCACUUGGUGAGGUUGUGCCCUCCCCCCACGUCCCGGCCGGGGCGGGACUUCCUGCCUCCUUUCUUCGGUUCUCAGUUCGGUCCGCCAGCGGACGUAUAAAGGCCUGCAUCGGCCGCGUUGGUGACAAAACGCUGGCUUCUCUCGUUAUUAUGUCUGGACGCGGGAAGGGCGGGAAGGGUCUAGGUAAAGGCGGUGCCAAGCGCCAUCGCAAGGUGCUGCGGGACAACAUCCAGGGCAUCACCAAGCCUGCCAUCCGCCGUCUUGCCCGGCGCGGCGGAGUCAAGCGCAUCUCUGGCCUCAUCUACGAGGAGACCCGUGGAGUGCUGAAGGUGUUCCUGGAGAACGUGAUCCGCGACGCCGUCACCUACACCGAGCACGCCAAGCGCAAGACGGUCACAGCCAUGGACGUGGUAUACGCCCUUAAGCGCCAGGGCCGCACCCUCUACGGAUUUGGUGGUUGAGUUGUCCUAAAUAUCCCAAAACCCAAAGGCCCUUUUCAGGGCCCCCUAGUUUUCCAUCUGAGGAGCCGUUGCACUGGUUUGUCCGUAAAUUGUGUUUCAGUCACAUUUAAUCCCUAACCUUUUUCUGGGCUUCGUUAAAGACUAGAUUGCUACUGACUUACUGUGAUAAUGUAGUAGGCAAUCAUAUAGUUUUAACAUUUUCUGUGGUAUUCCUACUCGAGUAUUCCACUGUCAACAAAACUUGGCGAAACCGUCAAGAUUUUUCAGAACGAAACUGAUCAGCUCAGUAGUAAGCAUGUGUUAAAGAAAACCUGGUGUCCGGACACUAAUUGGUGUGAUGUGAUACGUUUAGGUAUACAUGAGGCCUUCUAACUUGAUAAUAGUUUGGUGACAACCUAUUCUGGCACUUUGUGUUCUGUGCUCAAGAAACAAAGUUCAUGACUUAGGUGUUAAAACAGGACGAGCCAUUCUUAACGUCUCCUUUCUGAUAGACCGCCUGGUUAGCACUCAGUACUGAAGGCCAGGAAAGUACUCAAGGUCUAAGUAAUAUGUCAGAACAGUUUAGGGUGUGCUGCAAUUGAAAGGCAUUUAGACUAAAUUAUAAGGGAAAUGAGGUCACAUUGUUACGGAUUGAUUUCCUUCUUGGUCCUUGUCCCCACAGCAUCAGAGUUGAAAGCAGAGGACAGUAGAAGAGCAGAGUGAAAGUUUUAUUUGAAUACACUCCCCACGGGAGGAGCUGGCCAGUGUGGAGGUAGACAAAGGAUUCCAUCUGUUAGGUGGGCGUCCUGAUAGUGAAUUCUGGCUAGGAAGUGCCUCUUUGAUUGACAAGGUGGGGUUAUUUGAUUGAUGGGUCCACCUGUAUAGAUGAGACAGGGACCAUGGGGGUAGUCAGAGUAGGGUAAGGGCCUCUGGAAAAAGCAAGACAGGGUAUUUGCAGUCAGAGCAAUUUAACCACCUGCAAGGAAACCACCUACUAAAACUCUUAAACAUUCAGCUCUAGAGUCAUUCUUCAGUGAGAUCAAUUGGUGUACCCCAGAUAAGGAAGAGUAGCACAUGUAUUUAUUUUGCUAAUCAUUUAUAAUCAUGUGUAAGAUUCACUUUAACAUGCUAAAAG